CUUAAAAGGGAAGAGCCAGAUAAGAGCGCCUCAGCGCCAGAACAACCAAAUUUGAAAACCAAUUCAAACCUAACGGCUAUUCCCUCUCUUUAAACCUUGCAUUUUAUUUUCAAUAAAGUUAAAUCAAAAUCUCCAUCACUCGAAAUUUCAACUACGAAAUUCGAAUUCGAAAAACAGAAGAAAUUUCAGCGAGCAAAAAAUAAAGUUAUUUUACAAUGGGACGAAAUCGAGGUCGAAAGGCACGAGUGAUAGCGAAAAUCAAAGGCUUCACAGAUCUGGAACCGGAAUCCGUCAACGAAGCUUCUGGAAAGUGGAUUUCAGUUCACAGACCAAAGGGAGAUGAUUCCGAAACUGUCUCUGUUUCUUUUGGAGAUGAAUCUACGAGCAGUCGUAAAGGAUCGUACGAAUUGGAUUAUUGCUACGAUCGAAGCGAGGGAAAUGAUUUAAUUUUUUCAAAGGAAGUAAAGCCACUUAUUGAAGAUGUUUUUAAUGGUUAUAAUGCCACCGUCGUUGCUUAUGGAGCAAGAGGCAGCGGAAAGACUUUUACAAUUCAGGGUUCGGAAGGGAAACCAGGUUUAGCAGUACUAGCUAUGGCUGAAAUCCUUUCUAUAGCAGAGGAAAGUAGCAAGUUAAUAGCCAUAUCAUGCUAUGAGAUUUUGAAAGACCAUGCUUAUGAUCAUUUAGCUCCAGCUAGGCAUGAAGUUUCGAUAUUGGAGGAUGAUGCUCACGGCAAAAUUCAACUUAAAGGACUUUCUCAGGUUCCUGUGAAAUCUAUUGAAGAAUUUCAGAAACUAUAUCUUUCGAAUCAAAAUUCACAUAAACAAUCCCAGAAGAUAAUAGCUGAACCUCAUCAUAGAAGUCACAAAGGCUUAAUCAUUCAUGUAUUUCGGGGCAAUGAAUCCAAUGCUCUUCCUUUUGGGAAGAUGAACUUUGUUGAUUUGGCAGGUUAUGAGGAUGCCAAAAGGAAAAGCACUGGUAGUGAUAAUCUCUUGGAGAAUAAUAAAAUAAAUAAGUCCAUAUAUGCCUUACACAAUGUUGUGUAUGCUUUAAAUGCCAAUGAAAGAUAUGUACCUUAUCGCGAAAGUAAGCUAACUCGAAUUUUGCGUGAUUCGUUGGGAGGGACAAGCAAGAUUUUGAUGAUCACUUGCUUGAAUUCAUCCUUUUGCCAAGAUUCCAUGUACAUGGCAAAUUUAGCUUCUCGUUCUUGUAAAGGCAGCUCUAAGACUAUACCCGAUUCAACAAAGAAAGCUAAAAGCAUGGUGAGACCUAUGGUGGUUUCUUCUUCAAGGAAGAGCCGUUUAGUUUCUGCAACUACGUCAAAACCGAUUGGAAAUCGAGUGAGAGUUCUGGAAAAUAAAGCCAAUGUUAAGGCUUCAGCUCUAAAAGGAAGGAAACUUUUUGAUGAAGCAUGCCAUUCAACCAAACCUAAGAAGGUAUCUCAGAAGGAAAGCUUGCCAUUAGAAAAUGUCUCGACCAUUACUGAACAUGCUAUACAAAAAGAGGAAAAGGACUCUUCUAGUAUUUCAGAAGUAGUAGUAUCUCAUACACAGGAGCAUUUCCCCUUGCAAGCUUUUAGUGCAGAAGAAAGUGACAUGGCAGUUAAGGCUACUACACAAGAAACCAAGAUACUAGAUAAGGUUAAUGUGACUGAUGAGGAUGAUAAUCAUGAUAAAGCCACUCCAAAUAUUGAUAGCAAUGCAAAGGCACUUUCUAUUGAAGCAGAUCAAACCAUAGAUAAGGAGAACAACCUUUUACUUGUCAACAAGGAAGCAUCACCACCGAUCAGUGCACGAUUACAAGAGUUGUCUAAUAAUCUGAAAUUGCUUUAUUCUUCAACUCCGUCAUGUGUAGAAAUACCACCAAAGACUGAUGUUUCAUUUGAAGGUCAAGUUUCAACAGAAGCUUUGGAGCCAAAGACUCCAGAGCCAAGGUUACUAAUAAAUGACAAAUCGGAAAUUGUGGACACCAGUUGCAAUUCUUGGAAGGCAUUUAGUGCUCGUAGUUCUCGAAUGAAGAAUUCUCUUGUUGAUGAAUAUCUCAGAUUCUUAAAUACAGCUAGCAAAGAAGACUUGAAAAGAUUAAAGGGAAUUGGAGAGAAGAGAGCUACAUACAUUCUUGAACUACGUGAAGAAUCACCUGAACCUUUUAAGGAUCUUGAUGAUUUGAAGGAGAUUGGACUCUCGGCAAAGCAGAUCAAAGGAAUUAUGAAAAAGGAAAUUGGAGAGCUUUACAAUUAACCUUUCAGGGAUGGAUUACUGAAGAAUCGGAUCCCCAAGGAGAAAGUAUGUUCGGUUUCAACAGGCAACUCGAAGUUGCCAAAUUGUAUUAUUUUGCUUUCCUUUUUUAUUUAAUAUCUGAUAUUUUCUAAUUUUUCUUUCGGUGUGCUUUUUCACUUGAAAAUGUUGUACACAAACUGUCUGGCAUGAAGUUUGGUGUUUGUUUUCAUUAAAUUGUAUUUAAAAUAUUGUCUUCUUUCUUU